GUACUCAGUAUUUUAGAGAACAGUAUCUUCAAUGGCAUAUGGAACGAUUUGAUUAUAAAAAAGUUGUAUAUGCACGUAGUAAAAAUCAAGUUAAUAUUAUAUCUAGUAUACAUCAAUGUGCUAAAUCUAAUCAAUUACAAACAAUGAGAAAAAUGAUGAAUAUUUACUUUUUUGUAAAGCAUAAUAUUGCUACACUUAAUUUUGAGGAUCUAUGUCUUCUUAUUGAGUUACAAAUUCAAAACUCUAAUGAAAAUAUUAUUCUGGGUGGUGCAAAUCUUCUAAAUUCACCUAAACCAAUAACUGCAAUGCAAUCUACACGUGGUGAAUAUGGAUCUUAUAUUAAUGAUCAUACUGCAAGACAAUUUAUUUCAGCAAUUGCACAUAUUAUUGAAGAGGCUACACUUAAUGAAUUAUGA